AUGACUGAAAUUGGUAAUCAAACAGACGAUCAGCUUCGACAGCGUCGAACUCAUGGUCAAACAGAUGAUGUACGACCAACCAGCGAUGAAAGUGACAUGGACGCUAUUCCGCAAGAUGAGGAGAGGUUCCUCGUCCCAGUUGCAAUGAUUAUUUGUUGCGAUGUGAUGUCAUACAUGUUCGGUUUUUUCUUUGGAAAAACACCGCUCAUCAAGUUGUCCCCUAAGAAGACAUGGGAAGGUUUCAUUGGAGGAGCUGUCAGUACCGUCGUAUUCGGUAUUUUGCUCUCAUACUCCCUUUACAAUCGACCAUUCUUUGUUUGUCCCGUUGAAGACUACUACAUUGACAAUACAAACUGCACCAUUCCGUCAUCCUUCCAACUACAACCAUAUUCCAUUCCACGCCCACUUUCAUGGAUCUUCAAAAUUCUUAGGAUGUUUUCUGAUUCCAGACGUGACCCGCACGUGUAUCUCUUCCCAUUUCUUGGUCAUGCUGUAGUGAUGGCGCUGUUCGCUAGCUUGCUCGGUCCAUUCGGAGGGUUCUUCGCCAGUGGAUUCAAAAGAGCCUUCAAAAUCAAGGACUUUGGAGAUGUGAUUCCUGGCCAUGGAGGGCUAAUGGAUCGGUUCGAUUGUCAACUCCUCAUGGGUACAUUUGUCAGCGUGUACAUCCACACGUUUAUCAGAGUGCCGAAUCCGGCCAAGUUGGUCACCCAAAUCCUGUGGCUGCAACCAGAAGAUCAGAUAACAGUGUUCAAUUCGUUGAAACAUGAACUCAUUCAAUCCGGAUUGUUACAGCCAUCUUGA